AUGGCUCAAAAUAAACCUUCAGGCUUCCGUUUCCGGCUACCUUGGUUGCUACAGCCAGCCCUAGCUACACCGCCUGCUACUGCACCAGAGCCACCACGCACCACCGUGCAAACCGCUGUUGCAUCAACUUCUGCUCCAAAGCCGCCAUUUCGUCCUGCUGGGAGAGCACCACCACGAGCCACACCACAGUCAACGUCUUCACCGGUUUCAGUGACAUCAACGCCACUACCACCAUCGCAACCAGUUUCAGUUGCACCACCGCCGCCGCCGCCACCACCACCACCACCAUCGCCGCCGCCUGUUGAAGUUAAGUCACCAGUAGCCAAUUCUCCAAUUGCUAAAGUUAUUGAACCUGUUGCAACUCGGUCUACAAAAGAAACUCAAACCACUAGUUCUACCCCAACUGCACGAACCAUCGAAACCACAGGUCCGGCAACUCCACCACAAAAGCCGCCGUCUGUCAGGCCACCCAGUCCUCCCCAACCAUCAUCACCGGCGAAACCUGGCUCUCAACCAUCUUCCCCAUCUCGUACAGGCACCAAAUUCCGAGAUUCUUCCCCGCCGGUUUCCCCAUCACGUAUGCCAGCUUCUCCACCACGAGCAGAUUCUAAACCAUUAUCGCCAUCUCGUUUGGCCACACAACCCCAUGUCCGGUCAAAGCCCUCUUCUCCCUCCGGUGAACCACCACAAACACGAGCCAUUUCUCAGCCAACGUCUCCGGUUAAUGUACAGAAGCCGCCAUCACCACCACUAUCGCCAUCUCGUUUGGCCACUCAACCCCAUGUCCGGUCAAAGCCCUCUUCUCCCUCCGGUGAACCACCACAAACAGGAGCCAUUUCUCAGCCAACGUCUCCGGUUCAUGUACAGCCGCCGCCAUCACCACCACCACCACCACCGGUAACUCCGACUAUAACCAGACGUACUGCAGUUCAAGAAGUUUCGGUUAACCAUGAUGCCCAACCCCCUUUGUCGACAUCUAAACCAGAUGAUACAAAAGAAAUCAAAAAGUUUACCGAAAUAACAAAUGAAAAUUUUCCGGUGGAUUCUUAUCAUGUUCAUGGUGCGGAUGCAAAACCCAUAGAGAUGACAGAAGUGAAAGGGGCACAAACCAAAUCCAUGAAUAAUCUACAUUCAAUGGAAGCAAUAUCUCCAAAACAGAAACAAAAAGUUGCAGCACAUGUUCCCUUACACAGAGAGAUCAAAGACGACAUUACAAAGUUCAUUCAUAAGAUGGCAACAAGCCAUCCGAAGCAAUCCAUGGAUGAAAAACCUGCAAGUGUAAUUACACUUGCUGGUGACAACAAAGGAGCAUCUAUGCAUUUAGGUUCCCAUGCAAAGAAAAAAGAAGGAGCCAUCGAUAUCCAAAGAGGAUAUAAGCUUGAUGCCAUUAUUAAUGGAGAAGGAAGCUCCAAAGGUAAGAAAUCGGCAAGAGAGUCCAAAGCCAGUGAAGAUGAGGAAAUGAAAGCGAUCGUUAAUAGCAAUAUUCAAGGAAUCAAUAACUCCAUCAUGUUCAACAGCUAUGUUACAGAAAGGAACCCAGGUGUUCAUCUGGCUUUCUCUCGUACUUUAGCAAAAACUGAUUCAAAUAUCGAGAAAGCAGAGCCAAUGGAAAUGUACAAGGCUGAAGCUGACAUUACCCCACCAGAGACCCUCGUUUACGACCCCACAACUGGAAGAUCCCUUGGAGGGUUUUUCUUGGAGCCGACCGACUCUGAACCAGAUGAUCUUGAGAUGUUUGCCGGAAAUUAUGAGAUAGAGGUUCUCUGA